AUGAAAACUAGUUGGAUUCUUCCUGCCAUUAAAUCAUCUGCCACAAUCCGAGAAAUUGAAGAUGGUGAAGAGGAGGAAGAAGAAGAGGAAGAAGAGGAGGAAGAUGGUGAAGAGGAAGAGGAGGAGGAGGAGGAAGAGGAGGAGGAAGAAGAGGAAGAGGAAGAUAAAGGGUUGCCUGUAGUGGUUGGAGAGACUCUAAGUCCAGACUCUCAUACCGACAAUAUAGAUCCUGAUCAAAGACUACAAUCCAUUCUUGAAAGAAUGAGAGUAGGAAUUGAAGAAUUAUCAGACCAAGAUAUCGAAUUUAUCAUUGAACAGAGAAAGAAAUCAAAACAAUAA